AUGCCGCGGGCGGUCGGGCUGCUGUGGCUGCUGCUGCCGGGGCUGGCGGCGCUGGAGCCGCUCAGCGUGGGCCUGGCCAUCGGGGUCGCCUCGGCCCUCACCGGCUACCUGUCCCACCCCAGCUUCUACUGCAGCUACGUGGAGUGCUGCCCCAGCGCCGGGCAACGCCUCAACGCCACCGCACUGAAGGUGCAGCUGGACAGCAAGCUCUUUGGGCAGCACCUGGCCAAGGACGUGGUGCUGAAGGCGGUGAUGGGCUUCAGCAACAACCCCAGCCCCAAGAAGCCGCUGACGCUCUCGCUCCACGGCUGGGCCGGCACCGGCAAGAACUUCCUCAGCCAGAUCCUGGCAGAGCACGUCCACCGCGCCGGCCUGCGCAGCAAGUUCGUCCAUCUCUUCCUGGCCACCCUGCACUUCCCCCACCACGAACAACUCAAGGUCUACAAGGAGCAACUGCAGAACUGGAUUCGGGGCAACGUCAGUGCCUGUCCCCACUCCGUCUUCAUUUUUGAUGAGAUGGACAAAAUGCAUCCAGGUCUCAUUGAUGCCAUCAAGCCAUUCUUAGACUAUUACGAGCAGGUUGAUGGGGUGUCCUACAGGAAAGCCAUCUUCAUCUUCCUCAGCAAUGCAGGUGGUGACUUAAUUAACAAAGCAGCUCUUGACUUCUGGACAAGCGGAAAGGGCAGGGAAGAGAUUCAGCUGAAAGACCUGGAGCCCAUGCUAUCUGUAGGAGUCUUCAAUAACAAGAACAGUGGACUGUGGCACAGCAGCCUCAUUGACAGGAACCUCAUUGACUACUUUGUCCCCUUCCUGCCCCUGGAGCACAAGCAUGUGAAGAUGUGCGUCAGGGCUGAAAUGAUAGCCCGUGGCUACGCUGUCGACGAGAAGGUUGUUCAAGCAGUGGCUGAUGAGAUGACGUUCUUCCCAAAAGAGCAGAAAAUCUACUCUGAUAAAGGCUGCAAGACUGUACAGGCCAAGCUGGAUAUUCACGAAGACACUGUGAAGAGAUAUACGAAAGCCAAGGGUUGAUUACCCUUCAGGUCUCCAAAGCACUUUCAGAGCUUUUGGAAGUCUGUGUAUUUGCACUUAAGGUUUUUACUGUUGCAGGGAUUGACUGUUGCAGCUUGUCAGGUUAAUCUGCAUGCAGGCUCCUGGGCCUGAAGUCUGCAAGAUCUUUGGUAGUCCCUCCCAGCUGCACCCAAUAGUCUAGGACUGGGUAAUGGUACUCUCACCUUGCUUAGAAGACACUUUCAUGGCAGAAGUUAUUUUUAAUAGUGUAUUUUUAUACUGAAGUGUAAGCAACAGCAAUACAGAGCUCUUCCUAGAAAGCCACAGAGAAGGAAGUAUGGGAAAUGGGAGCCAUCAACAAUCCCAUAGCUGACUAGAUAAGUGUGUUUUAUAGUAGCUUUUAACAUUAAAGAAUGUCUGUGUGGAAGGGCGAGUGACGAGUUAGGAAGCUGGGAAAGAUUGAUUUAACCUUCACCCACUGGUAAGGCUGGGGUUUAAAACUCUGUUGCAAGCUUUAACUCUUUCAUCAUCCAUCACUUGCGGAUCAAAUAUUGUAGUGCAAGACAGAAGUGCCUGUGACUUGGUUGACUGUAGUGUGUUUUUUCAACUGGUACGAGGGAUUGAGCUAUUUUUGUGCUGCAGCAUCUACUCCCUCACUUGUACUUAAACGUGCUUUAAAAUGCGAUGCAAAACUUAUAGGUCUCAACACUAUUAUGUUAGUUCAAAUUACAACAGAGACCUUAGCAUUCACGUUAAGCUCUAAAUUAAAAGUGUCAAUUGCCUUUUACAACCCCAUGUGGAGUUUGCCAACAUUUGACAAACUGUUCACACUGAUGCAAUCUCCAGAGCCAAAUGCUAGCUAGCCAUUAACCUUGGGACAUUGCACUGUUGCUUUUCAUGUAUAAUGUUUUGCCUAUUAACUGACUUAUUCAUAGGUGAAUAUGGUGCAUCCAGUGCAAUUUCAAAACACUAAAUAUUACUACUGUACUACAGUUGGAAUAAAUCUUAAGUCACUUUUCUCUCCUGGUUUAAUCGUUUUCAGCUGUAGGAAAGUACUAGUUUAUGCAGUUUUCAACCAGCUGCACUGCAGCUUUCUGUUAAGCUUCCUUUAUUCUUAAAUUUGUUUAUAACAAUAGAUAAGCAGAUUAAACAGCCUGUUGAUAUUAAAACAUGUUGAGUCAUCCAACAGCAUAGUAAGGAAUUCAGCGGUUAAAUACAGCUCAGUAGAAACAACCAUCUAUGAAAAAGCCUUAAAGUCUCUGCCUGCUCUGCUUCAUAGUUAUUAACAGGUAUCUCCUACCAUACUGCCAGGCACUGCAAGACAAAUAUGCCUCAGGUAGCUUGUUCAACCAUUCCUGCUCUCUGCGCUGUGUCUGGAAAGUUGUCAUUCAAGGCGGCUCUUCACCUCUCCUCUGGCUGGCAAAGGCAUGAUAGGACUAUAGGCUUUUAUCAUAUCUCUGUGGGCCACAGCAUCUGCAGCCUCUCUAGCACUGAAAAAAAGCCAGUGUGUAAAUAACGGCCUAAUUCAAGUGAGGUACAGCUGUUGGCAACAACUCGCACCUCAGUGAACAGUCAGUUGUUCAUGCUGUUGUGAACCAUGUGUUGUGCUGUAACGAUGCACAAGGAGGCUCGUUGCGGAGCACGUACGGGAAGCGUAAGCUGUCUGGUUCAUCAGGACUUUGCACUAUGCCUGCGCCACUGCACACGCGACAGCUUGGCUGUUUGGCCCAGGGUGUCAGGCAGCCAAAUCUCUAGGGUCAGGCUGCCUCUUUCUGUCAAGAGAGCAGCACUUACUUACUACAUCACUGUAUUUUAACCAUAGCCUCUAAUUUUAUGAGCACAGCAUGAGAUCUUGGAACAUUCCCUGCAGAAGAAGGUUGAAUUAAAGCAGCAGUUGCUUGUACUGGACUUUGGUAAGAACAAAAUUCAGUCUCGGCGACUGCUCAGCUACUCUCACCUGGCCAAUGGACUGUUUCUCUAGGGAUCAGACCUUUCCCCCCACUUGACAUUUUCCUUUAAGUUGUCUGAUCCAGUUUCAAGUGGCCUAUUAAAAAGAAUAAUGGCCAAAGUUAUCCAGUCACAGCAAGACAGACAGAGCGAGGACCUCAGCUUUGAAACCAUACAGUCUAAAAGGGAGGAAUAACAACAGGAUUGGAAGGAUCAAAUCUGGGAAUGAUUUGAGGCACAAAUAUUUUUUACCCAGAUGGAGAUGCUCCUAGCCAGGUCGUCUGUUUUCAAGAACAGAAGAGAGAUUAAGCAGAGGCAGUCUCCACCCUUUGAACAUAAUUUCUACACCCUCUAGAGGAAGCUUCCAUCUACCCUAAGCCAUCUAGGGCUAUGAUAUAAUGAAAUACAUGCUACCAACUGUCCUGGUUUCGGCUAGGACAGAGUUAAUUUUCUUCCUAGUAGCUGGUAUAGUGCUGUGUUUUGGAUUUAGUAGGAAAAGAAUGUUGAUAACACACUGAUGUUUUCAGUUGCUGCUAAGUAGUGUUUAUACUAAGUCAAGGAUUUCUCAGCUUCUCGUGCCCAGCCAGC